CUGUCACUGUGCAGCACCAAUAAGUAAUAGGUCAUAUGCGUCAAUGUGUUGCAGCCCAUGUUGCACUCUUGAGGCGCAGCUUUCCUGCGAAGCGGAUUCCCAUCCAAAGAAGAGGGCUGGCGGUGCCUGCAUCGCUCCGCAAAUCGCAGGAGCACGUGAGCCUGAAUGAGCAGCAGGAGGCCUUCUUGCUGGAGCGGCUACCACGUGACUGGAACGAGGAGAAGAUCAAGGAUGCUUUGGGUAGCUUCGGUAAAGAUCUUGGAAGCGAAUGGCGUGACAAGAUCUUCCUGAUGCGUUCACGGCUGGGACGGUCGAUGGGGCGAGCCUUGAUCGCCCAUCCCAAAGACGUGCCUGAGAUCGUUCAGGAGCUCCCAUAUGGCACUUCCUACCGACCCAUGGAUCGGUCGGACAUUGAGGCCUUCCUGGAGCAGAGCGAGCGCCUGGUGAACCUCAGUGAGGAUUUGAGACGGCUGGCUGCUCCUGAGAACUUCUUGAGGAUCAUGACGAUCACGGAGGUUCCUUCCAACUAUGGACGCAAGGAUAUCGCGUACGUGAUCAAACAGCAUUGUAAUGUGGUGGUGGAACCUCGGGAUAUUGUUUUCCGAUUCAAGAGGUGGGGACGUCAGGCAGACACUUGCUAUGUGCGAUGCCCCACAGCUGAGUCGGUGGACCAUUGCGUGCAACAAAUUCAGGAGUUGGCAGUGCCCAAACGGGCGGCGCACGGUGCUCUCUUCGGAGCUGCCUUCCUAUGGUCCAGCCGAGCCACUCUUUUUGCAAGCCAUCCGGACUUGGACUUCUUGAUGCAUGGCUACGGCAGCAAGAUGUGGGUCUUCAGCACCGGCUGGCAGGAGGAUAUGACCGUUGAGGAGUUUCUUCAGGUCAUUAAUCGACUGGACUUCUUUCCCGUCAAAGUUCACCGCCACCACUGCACCGCAGAUAAAUCCAGCACCUUCUUCAUGCAGUUUUCGCAGAUGCAAGGUGGGGUUGGUGUCAAAUGGGCCCUGAAGCGGUUUCGCCGCUUGAAGUGGCGCUGGCGGAUCAAGCAGACGGUGCCGUUUUACGGGUAUGCUCGUCGCGUGGAUUUGCACCGUGCCAGUGAAGAUCGUUACGAAGAUGAGAUGAGCGAGAGUGAUUCUGACAUUGAUGAGCCCGUUCAUUACUGAUGGUG